CUUGAUUUUGCUGUGUGUAUCAUGGAUAUAAUUAAGCUCCAAUCAAAUCUCAAGUCAUUACUUCAGAAAGAGUAUUAGAAAAAGUGUAGCCUAUAGCCAGCUAAUUACUUAAGCCACCGCCACCAUCUAUGCGUAUUAACAUCGACGACGACUGAUCCACUCGUCUCCUUUUGUCCAAAAAAAGAUAAAGACAUCAAGAGAGAGGUCCGGUCAUAUAUACCUAGAGAAUGAUCCCUGCAGAGUAAUAACUAAAGCGAGCUGAUCAGACUCAGAGAGGCAGAAUGAACAACAAUAGUCAUCUUCAGCAAGAUCAGUCGUCUAAUUCAGGGCUUGUCUUGACGACGGACCCAAAGCCAAGGCUUCGAUGGACGCCUGAGCUUCAUGAUCGUUUCGUCGAUGCCGUUGCUCAACUCGGAGGACCAGACAAAGCUACUCCCAAAACAAUAAUGAGAGUGAUGGGCGUCAAGGGUCUAACCCUAUACCAUCUCAAGAGCCAUCUUCAGAAAUUCCGACUUGGCAAGCAGCCACAUAAGGAUUUUCAUGAUCUUCAUAACUCGGUCAAGGAUUUUGAUCCAAGAGAUAUGCAAAGAAAUUCGGGUGCCGGUUCCUCAGGGAUAAUGGGUAAUCGAAGCAACAUGAACGAGAACAUGCACAUGAUGAACGAGGGACUCAGGAUGCAAAUGGAAGUAAAGAGGCGAUUGCAUGAACAACUAGUGGUACAAAGACACCUUCAGCUCAGGAUUGAAGCUCAAGGGAAGUAUAUGCAGACUAUAUUGGAAAAAGCUUGCCAAACACUUAUUGGUGGCGCUCACGAGAACGUCUCAUCCGCCUCAGCCUCACCCGCGCUUAAUAGCAAUGCACUUCAUCAUAUGGCUGCUGGAACAAGGACUGCCAUGAUGAGCAGCAAAGGCGCGGGUUUUGCCAAUUCUACAAGUUUUCCUAGCCUUCAGGACCUACACAUUUACGGAUCUGGCGCUCAAUCAACAGUAGGAGACCAUCAACAAAUAGCACUGGAUGACAAUGUUGGUGGGGAUCAGACGAUGAAACAACAAAUGAUUGGGAGAUCACCAUCUCUCAGUGAGAUUGACGUUAGUCGCCUAGGAAAGAAUUACAGGAGCGGUAGUAGCAGCAAUCAACCCGCUUUCAUAUGGGAUGAUGAUUUUAGACUGCAACAACAACAGCACCAGUCAUUUGGUACAUCAACCGCCUCAUCAUCUGCCCCCUGUUUGCUAUCUGUAGGAGGUAAUUCCCAACAAGAUGAUUCCUUCAUGGGAAUCGCUCAUAUGGAGGAUCCAACAGGAGAAGAUCGUGAUUACCAUAACUGCGGCAACAAUGAUGAUGAAACGGAAGAGGGAAGCGAACUUUGACAUUUAUCAAUGAUUCACACUACGGUUAACAAUUCUUUCCUUAAGAAAUCCUUUACAACAUAUUCCCAGUAUAGUAUCAGGUAACAACCAUUGUUGUGAGCCAUUAGUUCAGUGAAACUGUAAUUUUCCUUAGGACCAAAGAUCUAGCUUUUCUUGUUCAGAUCUCUAUAUUAUUCUUAUAUAAUUUUACAUAUUCA